AUGCCUCUUCCUCCCCAGGUCGAUCUGAACUUCAACGAAGCUAUCUUCAGCUCCCCAAGUUCUCUCACCAACGCCACCAUUCCCCCUCAAGACUUCUCAGUCUUCACCACGGAUUCCCAACAGUCAACAUGGCUUCCCUCCAGUUCCCCGAGCCUGCCGGCACCAUCCGAGCAUCAGAACUUCCCGCAGCCGCCUCAUCAGGACUUUGUCUUGUUCGAUCAACCCGCCAGAACGAACGCUAGUCGCACGGCCUCCUCGCCUGCCAACCCAGCAGCAGCAUCUUUUGGAUCAAGCAACAACCGACGUCACUCGUCUCACAACCCAACCGAUUCUCCCGGUCUUCAGAAUCACCGAGUGGCUCAGAUCAUCCAAGCUACAGGGCAUCAGACUUCUUCUUCGGCCUUUACCAACCGGUUCAACUCUCCCGCGCAAAACCAGCAGAGCCAGCAACAGUUUUACGCUUCGUUAUCAGCUCCAUCUUCAACCGUCGCCGUGAAUCAACAACAGAAUCGACAAGCUCGUCCCCCUGUUCCCCUAUUCAACCAGGCCAUCGGUAACCAAACCUCGGGCAAGAUGGAUCUUAACGGUAAAUACUCCCCACCGCCUGCCACUGCUGCCAAGUCUGGUUCCAGAAACUCACACAACGCAGACGCUUUGAGCAACAUCGAGGAUUUCACCGCCCUUGAGGCUGGUGCAUCCGGUACAGCCUACUCGUCGCCGGGCAUCCCGUCGUACGACAUGGCUGUCGGCUCUGUCUCAAGCUCCACAACCAACAUAGGCACCGUCUCGCCUCACGACCUGCUUAUCAGCGAGCCUUUCUCUGCGCCCCAGUCUACUGCUUUCACAAACUUGACUUCGCCGUCGAUCUACAACGAAUCUCCCGAGUUCAAUGACAGUUUCGACGUCUCCCCCAACUUUGGCAACGAUGACUUUGGCACUGGCGCCAGUGACCCCUGGUUCCCCUUGUUCCCCCAGGAGAGCAACAUCCCUGCGCAGAGCUCCGCCAUGGACAACUCGCCUGCGGAACAGUCGGACGAUCUCGAUGUAGUCGAGACAACUUCUCAGCCUCGUCGCAAGUCUGGCAACUCUCCCUUGACCGGAGGCCACGGCAGACACUCUUCAGUCUCUGGCGUGAACUCUCGUCGGCGAGACAAGCCCCUGCCUCCCAUCAUCAUCGAUGACCCCUCGGACACAAUCGCCAUGAAGCGAGCUCGCAACACUCUUGCGGCUCGUAAGUCCCGGGAGCGCAAGGCUCAGAAGUUGGAGGAUCUCGAAGCCAAGAUCGCGAAGCUUGAGGCUGAGCGCGACCACUGGAAGCGGAUAGCCAUGAGCCGCGCUGGCUCAUGA